AAAGUAAAAGAGAAAGGGUUAUGCUUAUGGGUUGGGUUUGAAGGAAGCCCAAGUUGGAUGAGUGAAAGGGAAGUGGGCUUAGGCUUGUUUACAGAGCUAAGUGGAAAGUGAGAGGAGGGAGAGAGAGAGAGAGAGAGAGAGUGUGUGUGUGUGAGAGAGAGAGAGAGAGAGAGGUGAAGCAUAAGCGAGACAUUGGAUCGAAUCGAAGAUGGGUGGAGGAAUGGAAGCGAACAAGAACAAGUUCAUCGAGGAUUGGGGCACUGCCAGAGAGAAUCUCGAGUUCAAUUUCCGAUGGACUCGCCGCAACCUCGCACUUGUUGGUAUCUUCGGUAUCGCCAUUCCUGUCCUCGUCUACAAGGGCAUCGUCAGAGAAUUCAUGGCUGAUGGCGAUGAGGCCGAUAAGAACAUUGGGAUGUGGAAAAUCAAGACAUUGAUCAAAUCUCUUGAGGCUGCCAGAGGAAAUGGGACCAGCAUGAUUUCCCUUAUAAUGCCCCCACGUGAUCAAAUAUCUCGUGUUAACAAGAUGCUCGGGGAUGAGUUUGGAACUGCAUCAAACAUCAAAAGCAGGGUGAAUCGACAGUCCGUGCUUGGUGCAAUCACUUCUGCUCAGCAGCGGCUCAAGCUUUACAACAAGGUUCCUCCCAACGGGCUUGUUUUGUACACUGGCACAAUCGUCACUGCAGAUGGGAAGGAAAAGAAGGUGACUUUUGAUUUUGAGCCUUACAGACCUAUCAAUGCGUCUCUUUAUCUCUGUGACAAUAAGUUCCACACUGAAGCAUUGAAUGAGCUCCUGGAGUCUGAUGACAAGUUUGGAUUCAUUAUCAUGGAUGGCAAUGGUACUCUUUUUGGGACCUUGAGUGGUAAUACAAGAGAGGUUCUUCAUAAAUUUACUGUUGAUCUCCCAAAGAAACACGGGAGAGGAGGCCAAUCAGCUCUACGGUUUGCCCGUCUUCGUAUGGAGAAACGUCAUAACUAUGUGAGAAAGACCGCAGAGCUUGCUACCCAGUUUUAUAUCAAUCCUUCUACCAGCCAACCCAAUGUUGCUGGCUUAAUACUCGCUGGUUCUGCUGAUUUCAAAACUCAGCUUAGUCAGUCAGACAUGUUUGAUCCUCGGCUUCAGGCAAAAGUGCUUAAUGUUGUUGAUGUUUCCUAUGGAGGGGAAGACGGCUUUAAUCAGGCUAUCAAACUCUGUGCCGAAAUUCUGUCCAAUGUGAAGCUUAUCCAGGAGCAACGAUUGAUUGGAAAAUACUUUGAGGAGAUCAGCCAGGAUACCGGAAAGUAUGCUUUUGGGGUUGAUGAUACACUAAAAGCUCUGGAGAUGGGGGCUGUUGAGACGCUUAUUGUAUGGGAAAAUCUUGAUAUGAAUAGGUAUGUGUUGAAAAAUAGUGUUACUGGUGAGAUUGUUAUUAAGCAUCUUAAAAAGGAACAGGAGGCCAACCAAGACAACUUUCGGGAUCCUGCAACCUCUGCUGCUUAUGAGGUUCAAGAAAAGAUGUCUCUGCUGGAGUGGUUUGCAAACGAAUACAAACGGUUUGGCUGCACUCUUGAGUUCAUCACCGACAGAUCACAAGAAGGUUCACAGUUUUGCAAAGGUUUUGACGGGAUAGGCGGGAUCCUGCGCUACCAGCUUGACAUGCGAUCAUUUGAUGAAUUCUCUGAUGAUGAAGAGGUAAAUGAUGAUUCUGAAUAGCAAUCAACAAAAUACUUCCUGCUGCUGGUGCAGGAAAGAGGGAUCGAAAUGCCUGCUCCAGCACAGGAGGUGGUUGCACUUGCUGCUGCUGCUCCUCAUCUGUCUGUCGUGUUGCAUUAUGGAAGGUUUGCUUGUGAACCAAGGUUCAAUUUUACUACCCUUUUCUCUGUAUUUGUUUGUUUUUGUUAGAAAUUACCGAAUACUAACUACAGUAAGCUUGAAAUUGUAGUUUAAAAUUAAAGCGAGUUUAUUUUAGCUUCAUGUUCAAAUGUUUUUUCAGAUGCUUUGCUACGAGGUAUCCUCUUGUUCUUCUAUUUUUCACUCCUUGGCGCCACCAAUUUCUGCAAUUUUUCUGGGAACAACAUCUGCUCCCCCGCUGUUUACUUGCAACCAGAAAGGCAACAACAAAAAAUGCUUCCCGAACAAACGCCAACCUUGCGUCAAUGAAGCAUAUGCAAGAUGAAGAUGCCGGUUGACCGCAUAGGAUGUUCAUGUGAGAGUAUGCAAGGUGAUUUGUAAUAAUUGGGGUUUAUGAAAGUUAGAACUUACGAUGAAGCUACGAACGUGCUAUUUUGUUAACUUGCAAAGGCUUGUUUGUUUUAAGUAUCGUACACCUAUCAAACUACCUUAUGUUCAGCUGUCUUCGUUGAGAUACCUCAAGGUCAAUAAUAUUUUUCUUUAAAACAAAUAUUU